CGUAUGGGGGGUUUCGGAACCAUUGAAGGGCUGGGAGUUGUUCGGGGAUUCUGCCCUGUGCCACAUCCCAGGCGGUGUUGCAGAUCCCGGUGCUGUUCGAGGAUGUGGCAGUGCGGUUCAGCCAGCAGGAGUGGGCAAGCCUGGAUGAGGGACAGAAGGAAAUGUACCGGAGCGUCAUGGAAGGCAACUACGAGAUGCUGGUGUCCUUGUACUGUGCCCUGUACAAGCCUGAACUGUUAUUACAGCUGGAAAGAGAAGAGCUGAGCACGCCACCAGAAUCGGAGCCUGAGGCAGCAGAGGUGUCCCCAGAGCUGACUGUAGAGCUGGCCCUACAGAACUCCACCAGUGAUGACACACUGCUGGAGACAGAGGCAAUGGAGAGGGGCUGCAGGGAGCCAGAGGAAAGCAGGAAUGUGGCAGAGAAAAGUGAGAGCUUGGCAGAGGAAAGCAAAAACCUGGCGGAGGAAAGCAGGAGCCUGGUGGAGAUAAGUGGGAACCUGGCAGAGGAAAGCAAGAACCUGGUAGAGGAAAACAGGAGCCCAAUGGAGAUAAGUGGGAACCUGGCAGAGGAAAGCAAGAACCUGGUAGAGGAAAACAGGAGCCCAAUGGAGAUAAGUGGGAACCUGGCAGAGGAAAGCAAGAACCUGGUAGAGGAAAACAGGAGCCCAAUGGAGAUAAGUGGGAACCUGGCAGAGGAAAGCAAGAACCUGGUAGAGGAAAACAGGAGCCCAAUGGAGAUAAGUGGGAACCUGGCAGAGGAAAGCAAGAACCUGGUAGAGGAAAACAGGAGCCCAAUGGAGAUAAGUGGGAACCUGGCAGAGGAAAGCAAGAACCUGGUAGAGGAAAACAGGAGCCCAAUGGAGAUAAGUGGGAACCUGGCAGAGGAAAGCAAGAACCUGGUGGAGGAAAACAGGAGCCCAGCAGAGGAAAACAGGAGCCCAGCAAAGGAAAGCAGGAGCCCAGCAGAGGAAAGUGGGAACCUGAUGGAGGAAUGCAGGAGCCCAGUGUUCCCAGAGAACUGCAGCACACCACCCAUCCCUCUGGAAGGCUUUGCUGUCCUGGCAGAUCUCAGCCAGCCGACUCCAUCCCUUCCCUGCCUGCUCUUCGUGUCCUGUCAGGAAGCUGAGGGUCAGAACUCUUCUCCUCCUGCAGCAGGAGAUGCUGAGGUGGGAAUCCCAAGGGAGGUGCUGCAGGAGGAGGUUGCUGCAGAGAAGCCAUCGAUGCCCAAAACACCCUCUAAGGGUCCAGGAGAGGACAAUGGUCCUGAAGAGGAGGCUGUGAAAGAUUCAGGGAAUACUGGCCAAGAUCUUGUGGCCGACAUUCCUGAAGAACCAGGAAAGGAGGUGACACCAGAUGUCCACAGACAGACAGAACAGGCAGAUCCCAGCCCAGGGGAGCUGCAGAAGGAUUCCUGCAUGGGCCGGCCUGCAGCCUUGCAGCGAAAUUCUGCCAGGCAAUUUUACUCCUGCCCCAUCUGCAGGAAAACCUUCCUGCUGAAGAUCAACCUCCUGAUCCAUGAGCGUAGCCACGCCAACUGGGUGCCCUAUGUCUGCGUCCACUGCGACCGCAAGUUCAUGUCCAAGAAGAAAAUCAAGCGGCACCUCCGUGCCUGGGCAGCCAACGGGACGUGCCAGCCCUCAGAGCCCGGCCAGGUGCCAUGCUCAGCAUCCCACCCCCAGACCUGGGCAGCUAACGGGACGUGCCAGGCCUCAAAGCCAGAGAAGUGUCCCAGUAGGACACCGUGCCCAACAUCCCAGCCCCAAACCUGGGCACCCAAUGGCACCUGCCAGCCCUCAGAUGUGAAGGCAUGUCCCAGCCAGGGGCCGUGCCCAACAUCUCAAUGCCCAACAUCCCAGCCCCAAAACUGGGCACCCAGUGGCUCCUGCCAACCCUUGGAUGCAAAGGUAUGUCCCAGCCAGGGGCCAUUCCCAACAUCUCAGUGCCCAACAUCCCAGUGCUCGCUGUCAUCUGGGAAAAUGAUGUACACAUGCAACGAGUGCCUGGAAACCUUCUCCAACCAGAUCUUCCUGACAGUGCACCAGCGCCGGCACUCCGGCCACCACCUCAUCCUGUGUCCCUGCUGCAACCGCAGCUUCACCUGGGUCACGGACUUCGUCCGGCAGCACUGGAAGCACAUGGGCGUCCGGCCCCACCAGUGUGGCAUCUGCCAGAAGACCUUCAAGAGGUUCUCCCACCUCAAGGAGCACCAGAGGAUCCACCGGCGGCAGGAGCGGCCGUUCAGCUGUGCCACCCCGGUGCCCGUCGUGGCGGCGCCCGCAGCAGGAGACGAGGGCAGAAGCCAGGAUGUGACUCCCCAGGGAGGGGACCCUGCUGCUGGAUCUGCUGUUGGACCUUGA